AUGGCAUCUCCAGCUGCUUUACCCCCGUUACCAUUCAACCCUUCUAGGGUCCGAUCCUACGUCCUCCGCCUGCCACUGUUCACACGGCUCGUUAUCCUCGCUAUAAUCGUGUUUUGGUUGCUUGAGCUGCAAACCGUUUGGAGUGUUGUACAAUGGGGUUCUGUGAUCCCGGAUGAGAUGAAUUUCCGUACCAUGUACCGAACCAACACUUACCCGUUCAUCCACACGGGUUUCUUCCAUGCCUUGCUCAACCUGCUGGCUGUGACGCCUUUACUUGAGCGCUUCGAAGCUGAGCACGGAACUUUGACUGCUAUUGCCUUGUUCAUGGGACCUCUCUCUACGUUCCCCGCGGGUAUCUAUAUCUUGAUUGAAAAGUUCAUUCUGCAUAGUAAUAAUGCCAUUGUCGGUUCAAGUGUCUGGGUGUUUCUUCUUUUCGCUUCCGAGGCUAUUAGGACCUUCAAGUCCAACCCCUACUUCAGUAUUGGCAAUUACAAAAUCCCUACGUGGACUUCCCCACUGGUGGUGUGCGUGGUUGUCUCAAUGCUAGUUUCCGACACGAGCUUCCUCGGCCACCUAUGCGCUAUCGCCAUUGGGUAUCUGCUCGGCCUCGGUUAUCUGAAAGUGCUUGUUCCCCCUGAGAAGAUCUUGAGAUGGAUCGAAGGAAAGCUGAACCUCCUGGGACGACUGCCGCACUACGUAUCCGUCGACCAAAAGACAUACGGUCGCUUUGGAGUCCUUCCAACCAGCGCCGCGCCUGCAGGUGAACGAGGAACGCCAAUGUCGUUCGUCGGGUCGUCGCAGCGUCUGGGGACUGCAUAA